CCCUUGUUUUGACAAGCUCCACCUUUUCUUCGUCCUCUUCUUUCCUCCCCCCUCUUCUUCUUCUUCUACUUGUGGUGUUGGUGGUGGUGGUCGUCGCCGGUUGAUCGACCGAUGGCGCCGCAGGGGAAGGGGGAGGGGGAGGGUGGGCAGAAGAUGACGAUGAUCUACGCGAUGGUGGCGCGGGGCACGAUGGUGGUGGCGGAGCACACGGCGUACACGGGCAACUUCCGGGACAUCGCCGCGCAGUGCCUGCACAAGCUCCCCGCCGGCGACAGCCGCUUCACCUACACCUGCGACGGCCACGCCUUCACCUUCCUCCUCCACCAGGGCUACGCCUACUGCGUGGUGGCGACGGAGUCGGCGGGGCGCGAGGUGCCCCUCGCCUUCCUGGAGAGGAUCAAGGAGGAGUUCAACAAGCGGUACGCCGGUGGCAAGGCCGCCACCGCCACAGCCAACAGCCUCACCAAAGAUUUCGGGCCGAGGCUGAAGGAGCAGAUGCAGUACUGCAUGGAUCACCCGGAGGAGGUGAGCAGGCUGUCCAAGGUGCAGGCCCAGGUCUCCGAGGUCAAGGGCAUCAUGAUGGAAAACAUCGACAAGGUGAUUGAUCGCGGGGAGCAGAUCGAGGGCCUGGUGACGAGGACCGAGCAGCUCCACGACCACGCCUUGGAUUUCAGGACCGAGGGCACGCGCAUCCGCCGCAGGAUGUGGUACCAGAACAUGAAGAUCAAGCUCAUCGUCGCCGGCAUCGUCGUCGCCAUCAUCCUCAUCAUCGUCCUCUCCAUCUGCCAUAGGGACCACUGCAAGUCCUAAGCCUAGCCUAGCUUCAUCACUUUGUUCGAACAAAGAAUCAAGACACCCACCAAAAAAAAAAAGAGUCGGAGCGGCUGCUCCGGUCACUGGCACGUGGGCCCCGCAUGUCAUGUCUCGCGUCGAGUGAAUAAUCGGAUAAAUUUCAUGUUUUCUUGUU